CAUCCGGAAAAGUUAGCUAUCACUUGCUAGCCUUAGCUAAUGUCAACUAGCCACACUCGCUAAUGCUAACCAGUGCAAUUUGGGACUAAGCCUACUUGCUAGCUCGUAAUUCAAGUUUUUCGUGUGUUUUCCGGCUGGAUUUAGGUGGCGCCCCACACGACAAGUUGCAUAUCGAUUAAAAACCAUAAUUGGCCACAGUCUCAGAGGCACUUAAGUUUGAUACAUAGCUCGAAGCUGAGCUGACAUUGCGUGACAGUUGUGGCUGGUGGUGGUUUGACAUGUCGGGAAUUGACCUUGCGCGCCGGUCUCUACGCCCACUGUGUUUCUACUACAUGGAAUCACUGGGGCCCUUGGAGUCACUACAAGUUGCAAUCGUGGCCAUAGAUUUGCUCGUUUCAGAACGCUCUUGUCCCGUUUGGGAAUAGCAGCCGGCUUCGCUGGAAUGUUCUGAGCUGCCAUUUCCUGUCGGCCAUGUUGGAACGUAACUGAGAGCUAAUGCUAUAGUUAGCCGGUUAGUUAAGUUUUGAUUUACCACAAUGGCGCCCUCCACUGUGGCAUGUACAUGAACACGAAUCGUCUUGUCCAGCUUGGUGCCGCCAGGUGACCAGGUAAGAAUGACUGAGGUGAAAUUCCAGCUGUGACCCAUUUAGAGGAGGCAGGCAUAUUCAGAGUGACGACCGUAAUCACGUUGUGACCUCAAGGCAACAGAAAAAUGAGCGUCGCCAAGGAGGAGAAGAGUACGCGUUCGCCAGAUACUGUCGGCAUGCCGCAUCCUCUGAACAGCAAUGGAAAUAGACACACGAGUCAUACAAACGUGAAUAAGAAUGCAAUGCCGAAACCAUGCACAGCGGUUCCCAAAUCGAGCAGCAAAGGAUUGGACUACAAAAAGGCCACAGACCUUCAAAAUGACAGGAAGGCCGUGGACUUGAAUCAUCACGAUGAUCAGAAAGACUCUGUGUUGCUUCAAAAUGGCAUUGCGCACUGCGCCGUCAUUAUCAACGGCUACUCGAGCAAAGACACCGAUGGCAGCGGCUCAGAAGGCGGGUAUUCCACACCCAAGAAACGCAAGGCCAGAUGUAACAACAUGAAGAACACUGAGCAGAGUGACGCUGCGCCGGAGCCCUCAGCUUUUCAUGUCGAAGCAACUGAGAAGGGAGGGACUUCUCGAUUUGCUCGUAAAGCAGAGACUCAGUCGACGCCUAGACGGGUUGUGGCAUCUGAGGCCUCGGUGGGGGAACCUCAGAGAAAGAACUCUGAUGCGAAAGCAGGAGGUAAAAAGACUGAAGAACGGCACAAAGCCAAGGCUUCCUUGCCUUCAAAAGAGGACUCGUGGACUUUGUUCAAGCCCCCUCCAGUGUUUCCUGUGGACAAUAGCAGUGCUAAAAUUGUUCCCAAGAUCAGUUAUGCAAGUAAAGUCAAAGAGAACCUCAACAAAGUAGCUCAAAGUGGAGCAGAAACACUUCCUUUUCCCGUGAGACCCUCCCAGGUCCCCAUGUCUGCUAUGAAAACCAUCACAUCAGCGAGCUUUACCAAUGGGCCUGUUUCUGCGAGUGGAAAUGGCUGCCUGUCAGUGGGUACCUUUUUUGCUCCUGCUGCUGGCAGUGUUCCUGCUGCUGCGAGUGGCGAGAAUGUAGCGUCUCCUUUGGAAAGUAACUGUAGCUCUACUAGCAGUCCCACGUCCCAGGGAGACGCGCAUGAACUGAGAAAGUGUUCUCUCUUCAUUUACCCUCUAAAUAUGCAACCCAUGCUCCCCAGUGCUCGUCACCUCAAUCCCCCCACUGCUCAGACAAAUCAAAAAUCCUUGGGAGAAAUCUUCCAGAAUCAGUGGGGGCUUUCCUUUAUUAAUGAGCCCAACAUGUGGCCAGAAGCGGUGAGCAGGCCAGUGCCCACCGAGGACAACACAACUGUGGUGAGACCUCCAAGGGAGUGUCGGGCUGCUGAAGCCAACGCCGGCCAGCCAUGUUUCUUCUUGGAGCCCGGCGCAGAGAAAAGGACUUGCAGCCCGUGCAACAUGUUUACCGCUCGUUCUCCUCCACCUCCUCCUAGCGUCUCAGGUGAAGAGGAGGAGAACACGCUGCAGCCAUGUGACACACAAAAGACUGUUGAUGCUAAGAGUUCAGGUUCUGCUGUGUGUGCCCCUUGUAAGGACAAUGGUGCUAAGCCUGCACAGGGCCAGAUAACCACCGUGGUGUUUGGCUCCUCUAAAGAUGUGGGCCGACGGCGCAGCUGGGGCUCCUUCGACGUCAAAGCUGCUGUCACUUAUCACACUAAAGAAAUGGAAUACAUUUUCAGUUUGCAAAAACAACAUCCAAACAGAGUAGUGGUUUAUGAUGAGACCAUGGACGGACCUGAUCAGUGAGGUAGACGUGGACUGAACUGUGACUACGUCUCUUCUGGGUGCUGAGGUUAUCUUCCUUGGGGAUCAUGCUCACCUGUUGGAGUGGAAGAAACUGAAAACACUUGCUAGUUAACCGCUUGGCAGUCAUUGGCUUCUUGGAAGGCAUUGGAAAAACAUACUGAUGCUACGAAGGAACGAUAAAUCGGGUGCCUAUUCAACACGACAACCGGACCCAUACACUCUUUGGGGGUCAGAUGAUACUCAUGUGAGAAAGUGUUGUGGACCGCACAUCCUUAGCCUUUAUCCCGUUGGGAUGUGACACACUUGCAUUUCCUUUCAAAUCAUUUCCUUUCAAAUGAGUUGUGCUUGAAUGCACAGUGAACACACGUUGAAUCGACACCUUUGAGUGGUGCAAUUAAGUCCGACUGUGUACUUUCAGUGGAGGCCAGGAUCUUGUCUUACAUCUGCAGUGUAAAUCACAACCCUGCUCUCGUGUUUCACCCGAUGUGUGUUGUCUUCACCGAAAUACAACCCAGGUGGUAACAUCUCA